CCGAGUCAUUCCAGUAUCCCAAGGUGGAUGAUUGUAUUCCAACUAAUGAGGUGUCGUCAUGUAAUUGGGACUUUAUAAAUGUUAUAUAAUCGAUUCUGCUUGUUUAAGAAACCGUUUAUGAAGUUAGAAUCACUAUUUAGUGAGUAGAGAACAAAAGUACAUUAUCCCGAAUUGUCUCGAUAUAUAGCACACGUGUUCAGAUGACUGUGAGAUUUUCAUCGUUCUUCUGACUUUGUCUUGGUGGAAAGACUCAUUUCAUACGGAGAUUUUUGAUAUGCCAAAGUAGUUUUAUAUCUCCUCUUCCUAUACAGAGUUGGACAUGCGUAUCUUUGGCAAAGAUUCUUUGUGCAGACAAUGAGACAUGUACAGACCUUGCUACAGUGCAGGCUGAAUAAGUAGAUAAUGACAUUGAUGUUGAUUGGGGAAACUCAAAGGUGAUACUUAAUUUUCCAGCAAAGAAUGUCCUCCAUAAAGUUAUUAGGGAGAUAUUUCAGGAAACUCUCAGAAGCUAACUGCUACAGAAAACAAGAUCAAUGGAACCGGAUGUUUUCCUCACCAAGUCAGUCAGUGAAUGGGAAGCCAGUCUUUUAUCCAACUGACCAGAUCAAGAAUUUGGAGGAUUUUGAAAGAUUUGCUAGUCCUGAAGAGAAAGAGCAGCUGCAGAAAAUUCAGUCAGAGUACCAAACCCUCCGUAGAAUGGGCAAAUUGGAAAUAGAGCUUUCAGAUCAACAGUGGUUGAUUCUAAUGAAUCUGGACUCAGUUAAAUCUAGAAGGAAAAAAUUUAAGAUUUUUCAAAUGAGGCAAAGGGAGACGACUAGGGAAAGAGAAUAUAAAGAGAAGGAAGAGUUUGUACCCGACAACACAGGCUUUUAUAAGAGACUCUACACUACCACAGAAAAGAUGCUCGUUAGGAGUCGCGUUGCCCAGGCAAUGAUGUUAGAGGACCCCAUUCUGAUAGACUUGGGGCUUACGGAGUCAUUAGUUUACACAGAAAUUCUAGAAGUGGCUAAUAAGAUUCAGUUAUUGGUAGCUUCUAUCAAUGCAUCUGCUUUUGAAGUAUCGCCGACACUGAAUAUUAUUUUGUGCAAUGUUAAACCAUCGUUGGAGGAGAACGAAGUGUUAAAAAUUCUAAGAAUGAAAUAUAUGGCUAAAAACGCUCGAUUAGAAGAUCUUCCAUUUUCCCUAGUGACAGAGAAAAGUUAUCUAGAAUUAUUUCCGAGGGAAGAUUUAACGUAUUUAUCGGGCGAUGCCAGGAAGUAUUAUUAUCCAGGGGAAGAUGGGAUACCAAUCAUAGGAGCCGUUGUAGAUCAAAAACAUUCGGAGAGCUGCAAAUUGUCAUUCAGCAAGGCAUUUAAAGAUGACAUUAAAAUCCGCAGGCUUCCGUUUGAAUUUGACAAAACGAGAAGGAAGCCGCUGAGGUUAUCACUGAACCAGAUUGUGGAAUAUGUGGCAAAACUGAACUUUACGUGUGAUCCGGUGCAAGCCGGUAGUGUUUUACCAACGAAAAUAAUUAAAAAUGACGAUGAUAUAGAAGAUAAUGGACAUGACUAAAUUUUCAAAAUUUUAGAAUAAAUGUUUAAGACAUAGCAUUUGGGUUAUAUAUUUGAUGGGUGGUCUGAUUGAUUUUAACAUCAUUAAUAUACCAGAUUAUGGAUGAAAAAAUACUUUUUUUUAAAAGUUUAUCCAAUGGCCACUCUUAAUAGUAAUUCCAUCUUCAUUCAAAUUGCUUUUUUUGAUAAACAUUAGAUCAAAGGUCAACUUCACUGGCUUUCAGUUACAUGUAUCAUCACUAUCUAAAUCCAGAUUGAUGGAA